UACAUGGUCACAAGAUUUCGCAAUACUCCCAAGCGCCGCUUUACCAAACAAUAACACCUCAACCUGUGCUUAUUUUUCAGUGAACAAAGAGGACAUUAUUCUUUAUUAACUCAAGUGGGUGACUUGUAAGCCUGGAACGUUUUCAAGGCACACGGCUGCAUUUUGUGGCAUCCAGGUUCACACAAUACCAGCAAACACCAACCCCAGCUCUGCGAAGCCCGACAGCAUAGGUCGGAGAGGCUAAGAGAAAGACAGUGGAAGUGGAUCCAAAUGAACAAGCAGUUGCAACAGAAGAUAUCCAGCACAGAUCAGAACGGUGUCAGUGUUAUACAGAAUCAGCCUCAUAAUAGUGCAUUUAACCCCGCAGGAGCUGCAGGACUACAGCAGGUUCCUCAAUUAGUUCCAGUGAGUCCCGGAGGUGGGGGAAAGGCUACACCACCCAGCAAGAUGAAAAAGAAUAGUAUGGAUAAAGAUAGCGACGAGUACCGCCAACGGAGAGAACGCAACAACCUGGCUGUAAAGAAGAGCCGCAUGCGCAGCAAGCAAAAGGCACAAGACACCCAACAGCGCGUCAAUGAGCUGAAGGAGGAGAACGAGAGACUGGAGGCCAAAAUCAAAUUGCUUAGCAAAGAACUGAGUGUGCUCAAAGACCUGUUUCUAGAGCAUGCUCACAAUCUCGCAGACAACCCUGCUUCUGGUGGAGGCCCUGGAGACAUCUGCAACAAUAACAACAACAACAACAACAACAGCAGUAAUGGCAGCCAGUGAGGGCCUUAUAUUGGUUUGCAGUGUGCUAUGCUGUGCGCUGUGUGGAGGCUUUCUAGGCAAAUCAUUUUACUUAAUCGUAUUAUGCUUUCUUCCCCUUCUGGUCCUGGAAUGUGUACUGUCCGCAGUGCUUAACUUGUUAACUUCUGUUUGUACACUCAAAUUCAGUUUCUUUUUCACUCGUAUUGUAUCUUUUGCAGAAUGUUAUGACAUUAUGGCCAUAGCAACUGCAGAAAGUCCAAACCACACUCUGAUUUGAUGUGCUGGAGAUAAUUUUUAUAACUACCUUUCAAUUGCAAAGCACCAUGUUUCAGUGUCUUGAAACUUUGCAAUAUCUUAGAGGACUGUGAAAGCUCCUCGGUAGACAAUUUUGAAAUCCGGUCAAAGCUGGUCACAAAGAGUUGACUGUAAAUAAUAGUAAAUGUGUUCAAUCACUCCAUUCUAAUGUCUGACAAUACGAUAGGAUUCAAUUGGAAUUAGGGCUAGCAAAAAUUUGAUGAAGUAAGGACAUCUCCAAAUGCAAAGAGUAGCUGUUUUGUAUUCCUGCUUUUUUACCUGUCAGCUUGGAUUGAUUCAAACUCUUUACUUGUUGACCAUGUCUUACACUGUUGUAUCUAUGGUAACAGACUGUAGACAGACAAAACAUAUUGCAUCAGACUCCAGACAGUAUCUGCAUUACCAGUAGUCCUUAAAUCCCUACAGUUAAGCCUCCAAUUCUGACAAGGGUGGAGAAGGAAAGAUAGAGUAGAAUAUUAGCUCUAGCCUGUAUGUUAGGAUGUUGGUAGCUAAAUUAACACAAACUUAUUUCAUAACAGCAACUUUUGUGUCUGUGUAAAUACUGUGGAUGAUGCAGCAGAUAAGAUAGGAUUUGGAAUGACUGGUGCUGAAAAUUUCAAGUCAUCAAUCACCUGACAUGCCCCAUAUUUAUUUAUAUUGAAAAGUAACUUAUCCGAAGAAGCUUUUUAUCUGACUACAUCAAAUAUUUGCUAUUUUGUUUCCCUGACCAGUCUCAGAGAAAUAUGUUUGACUGUACAUAUGCAGCAGGUGUUACUAAAAGUUAAUGGAAUAGCCACGUGACAGUUGCCCUCAUUGAUUCUCAUAGAGCUGUGUGUUCUUGGAGUCGCUGUAGAUAUACUUUUGUACCUCAGGCUAUAUGUCAUAGCCUCACCAGACAGCCUUUAUGAUGUUUAAGAGAAGAGUAAAAAGGGGAGGAUAAGAAAAGACAAGGCAAUCUCGUUAAGAUGUCUGAAGCAUCUUUAAUUAACGUAUAUUUUCAUUUUCUAUACCUGAAGUUUUAAACAUUUAAACAAAAAAAAAAAAAGAAAGCAUGAAAGGCUAUGCAUGAUUAGAACCAUUUAAACAACUAAUUACAAAUGAUGCUCUAUAGAGGAAUACCGAAUCGGCGACUGCAUACUUUUGUAUUGUUGUAUCAGGUUGGGCUAAAAUAAAGCUAUUGUGUAAAACUUCUUAAAAAUGAGACUAAAGUCAAUAUUUCAUGAAUAUUUGAUUGGCAUAUUUUGCUUAAGUAUGAGGGUUGCUGGGCAACUUGCUUUUUUACAUAAUGUGUACUGGGUUUUUGUGCAUUGUAAAUUAAAAUUGAAUACAAAAUACA